GAGUGGGCCGUGCCAGAGUCUAAUAUGGUUGUCCUCGCUCUUUAGUUGCUUAAAGCGAUAGAACGGAAGUUGCCCGGGUCGGCAAUGGCUACCGAUGGGGGGCGGGAUUUCCGGUUGCAGAUCGCUGUCGGAUCAGGCUGCGAGGAGCCCAUCGGGCCGGGUUGAUCUGGGAGCGCCUGCACAAUAGACGGCGGCCGCCGAGGAGGAAGCGGCGGCGGCAACGGCAAUCUUACACACAGGGGCUUGGCCUGCCCUUGGGGUCCCGUGGCGGUGGGACGAACCCGGCAGCGCCGGGUUAUGGACGAAAGGAAGAUGGACGAGAAUGAAUGGAGAUACCACGGAGAGGGGAAUAAGAGCCUCGUCGUGUCCCACACCGAGAGUUGUGUGGUGCUGCGUUUUUUGAAGUUUCCACCAAAUAGGAAUAAGACAUCAGAAGAAAUUUAUCGCCAUCUACAAAACAUAGUAGACUUUGGCAAGAAUGUCAUGAAAGAGUUUUUUGGGGAGAAUUAUGUUCAUUAUGGGGAGGUUGUUCACCUACCUUUGGACUUCGUAAAGCAGCUUUGUUUAAAGAUACAGUCAGAGAGACCAGAGUUUCGCUGCAAUAAAGAUUUGGACACUCUCAGUGGCUAUGCCAUGUGCCUUCCUAAUCUUACGAGGCUACAGACUUACCAUUUUGUAGAACAUCGGCCUAUUUUGUGUGUAGAGAUUAAGCCAAAAUGUGGGUUUAUUCCUUUUUCCAGUAAUGUUACCCAGGAGUUGAAGCACAAGGUGUGUCGUUACUGCAUGCAUCAGCAUCUCAAGGUGGCAAGUGGAAAAUGGAAGCAGAUAAGUAAAUACUGUCCUCUAGAUCUCUUCUCAGGAAAUAAGCAGAGGAUGCACUUUGCCUUGACAAGUUUGUUACAGGAAGCACAGAACAACUUAAAGAUAUUUAAGAAUGGAGAAUUAAUUUAUGGCUGCAAAGAUGAUCAGGACUCGGUUGCUGAUUGGACUGAACUUGCCCAUCAUUUGAAGCCUUUCUUCUUUCCUUCAAAUGGCUUAGUUAGUGGACCCCACUGUACAAGGACAAUUAUUAAAGAACUCAUUCAUGUAAUAACAAUGAUUUUACUAAGUAGUACAGACACCUGCAGGGCAGGUGACAUGAAGACAGUCCCAGUUUCCCAAGGAAGGAGCUACUGUGAAGCAAGUCCUUUCAGCAAGGAACUUGUAAGAAAUGGUAAAAACAAACUGGAAAGCUCAGGGUUACCAAAGGGUUGUCUCUUGUACAAAACCCUUCAGGCCCAGAUGCUGGAUAUGCUGGACAUUGAGGGACUUUACCCGUUGUACAACAGAGUUGAGCAGUACUUAGAGGAGUUUCCUGAAGAGAGAAGCACAUUACAAAUAGAUGGACCAUAUAACGAAGCGUUUUAUAAAAGACUUCUUGAUCUUUCAACCGAAGAUGACGGAACUCUAGCAUACGCUUUGACAAAGGUCCAGCAGUAUAGAGUGGCUAUGACUGCUAAAGACUGCUCCAUUAUGAUUGCUCUUUCACCGUGUCAGCAGGAUGAAUGCUCCGAACAAAGACCUGUAGUUCCAGCAUCCAAAUCCAGAUUCACCUUCUCAGUCUCAGUCCUGGAUCUAGAUCUCAAACCCUAUGAGAGCAUUCCCCAUCAAUACAAACUCGAUGGCAAGAUCGUCAACUAUUUUUUGAAGAACGUCCAGGCCAAAGACGACCCUCUGAUGUCAAAUCGGUUCAAGGAGAAUGAAGAUUGCACAUUAGUCCUCCAUAAGGUGUAAUAGUUUUUCCCGCAAUGUCUUUUGAACCUGAGCAGCUUAGAAUGCGAAGGUUAAUGAAAUAGUCAUGAAUUUUCCAUUAUUCAGUGCAUUUUUCAGCUGUGAAUGUUUUUGCUUUUAACCACUUUUGAAGUGGUUUUACCUUUCAAGGCCGUGAAAUUGAAGAGCACUAAAUCCAUCUUCCAGUAUUUGACUUGAAGGAAUGCAUUGAUUAAAAAAAAAAAUUUUUUUAAACAAUGGCAUGUGCCAUUCCGCUCAACAGAGUGAUUGGAAGGUGCAUGUUUGAAAAUUUAUAUGCUAUGAUGAAUUAUGGAGGAAAUGUUCUCGAUUACUAGUUUGAAGACGCAGAACUCGGAUACAAUCUUCAAAUGAAAAAGCCUUAUUGCUUACAUCAAGCUUCUGAUCUCAAAAAUGAGUAUACCCAUCAUAACCGUCAUAUGCAUUUUGAACUUAAAAAUUUUUACUAAAACCCAGAUGCUAGCUGGGAUUUUCCCCCCGCCCCCCAACUAAAUUGCUUGAUUUUUAAUCAACCCUCCCCCCAAUACCUGAGGUUAUUGUGUAACAUCCCCUCGGGCAGUGAUACGUAUCAGACUGACACAGAUUCAGUUUGCUCUGCAUUUGUGUUUGGUAAUUCCAGGCUCAGGGUCCAAGGGAUUAUGUAUAUCUUGAAAGCUUUAUGUAUCAAUUUGUACAAAUGUAAGUAGGACUUUUACAACUCAUGAAUUCUACUAGGGACUUUACCAGCUCCACCUUGUUUUAAUUUUGGGAUGGUAAUCAUAAAGCUUUGACUUGAUGCUUCUUUUUGGACAAAAUUUUUUACCCAGUAUGUGCUGCUAUGGAUGGUAACAUUGUGGUAAUCUGUUAAAUCACUGUCUUUGACUUGGCUUUUUAAUCACUAGUGGGGUGGAAGGUUGUUUUAUUUUUUUUAAUACGAGAGGAAUCAACGCUUCUCAGUUUGGACUCAAUGAUGAAGACUGGUCUAAACCAGAUGAUUGUGCUUCGAUGCCACUGACCGGUUUCCCAGUCGUGGCCUGAAUCUUCUUCCUGUUGGUCCGGUGGGUCUCUACAUUGGACUAUUUCUUCCAUCCUUUUGAAGAACUGAUGAUAAACGAACUAUUUUUGACCACGUUUAUGACUGUAUUGCCAUGU